UGGACUUGGGGUUUCUCUCGGCUUUCUCUCCUCGACCGAACAAGGUGUGUGCAUUGUGUGCUCCCGCUGUAGCCAUAAAAAAAGUGGAAGAUUUCCAUUUUUUUCACACAAUUUUUCCAGCGAGGAAGUCGAAGUAGUAAAAGUAAAUGUUCGCGUAUAACUAUCGAAUUCGGGCACAAUAAUCAUCCGACAGUAAAGUGAAACCCAGAGUUCAUCAAAUUCCCAACGCGAAACUUCGACUGUAAAGUGACGAAUUUGGUGAAGAAAAAUUUUUUCACCUUCCGAUCGCCAUCUUUUUUCUUCGAUCGACCGUGUGCGCGUGUGUGUUCCGAGUCGAGUACCCCAAAGCGGAGCGCUACACAGACGGAACAGUAGUUUUUCCUUUCGCUUGCAUAUAUCCAUCGAGGGGCCGAAUCUUCGAUAGUGUAGUGUGUUUCAAGCGGAAGACAGACGAACGACAACGGUGGAAAAGUGCACUAGCCAGCAACGCACAUCAAGACGUAAGAAUUUCAAAGUGAAGAAUACAUACUGUGUUCGGUCGACUCGUAGUUGAAAGCAGUAACUAGGAAAAAAAAAAGUAGCAGUUUUACGUUUUACGCAGCUAACAGAUCCAUUUUGUAUCGGCUUUGCGAGGAAGAGAAAGCACGAGAAGAUCUCUAUCAUGCAGUUCCAAGGAAACGGACAACCCCAUCCGGGAAGUUUUCGCCCACGUAGCGACAAACCGGAUUUCUACAGUGGAAACGGUGGCCCCGGAGGUAAGCCACACUUUAUGAACAAACCAGGUGGACCACCCUCGAUUCCUCCCUUCAACCCGAACGGUUUUGGAGGACCUAAGCCCAUGUACAGCCCUGGACCUAACGGGCUCGCCGGGGGCCGACCUGGUUUCAACAAAUUCCGCCCAAACAACUAUGGCGGCCCGAACGAACUCGGUGGAAUGAUCCAAAAGAAGGAAUUUGGAGGACCCAAGCUAUUCGGUACCGGUGUCCCUGGAAUGAUGGGCAAUGGAAAGCCACUAUAUGACAAACCUCUCGAUGCAUUCGGAGGACCCAAAAAGUACAACACCAUGCCAAACUCGUACGGUAGCAGAAAUAGUUACGGUCCGAAGCCUGAUUUCAACAACAUGAGCAAGGAGGAACGUGCCAAGAUCCAAUCGCUCAAGGCCAAAUUCCCAGGACAAGGUCUUGUGAAGCCCAUCUGGAAGGACCUAGAGCCAUUCGAAAAGGACUUCUACGGUCCUCACCCAAGUGUGAUGGCCCGGACCCCGGAGGAGGUACAGGCGUUCCGAGAGCGUUCUCAAAUCACCGUCAUGGGUAAUAGUGUGCCACACCCAUCGCAGAAUUUCGAGGAGGGUAACUUCCCCGAUUUUGUGAUGAAUGAAAUCAACAAGAUGGGCUUCCCGAACCCCACGGCUAUCCAGGCACAGGGUUGGCCAAUCGCUCUCUCGGGUCGCGAUUUGGUCGGAAUUGCCCAGACCGGUUCGGGUAAGACACUGGCUUACAUGCUGCCGGGCAUUGUCCACAUUGCCCAUCAGAAGCCACUGCAGCGAGGUGAAGGUCCGAUUGUGUUGGUGCUUGCGCCCACCCGUGAAUUGGCCCAGCAGAUCCAAACGGUGGUGCGUGAUUUCGGUACCCAUUCGAAGCCAUUGAUUCGCUACACUUGUAUCUUCGGUGGAGCACUGAAAGGUCCUCAGGUUCGCGACUUGGAGCGUGGUGUUGAGGUGGUGAUCGCUACCCCUGGACGUUUGAUUGACUUCCUUGAACGAGGCAUCACGAAUCUGCGUCGCUGUACCUAUUUGGUGCUUGAUGAAGCCGAUCGUAUGUUGGACAUGGGCUUCGAGCCACAAAUUCGUAAGAUUAUCGAGCAAAUCCGACCGGACCGUCAGGUGCUGAUGUGGUCCGCCACGUGGCCCAAGGAAGUCCAGGCGUUGGCCGAGGAUUUCCUUCAUGACUACAUCCAGAUCAACAUUGGAUCGCUGAACCUAUCGGCCAACCACAACAUUCACCAGAUUGUCGAUGUGUGCGAGGAGGGUGAAAAAGAAGGCAAGCUAUUGGCGCUGUUGAAGGAAAUUGCUAGCGAUAUCAACAACAAGAUUAUCAUUUUCGUUGAGACCAAGAAAAAGGUGGAAGAUCUGCUGAAGAACAUCAUUCGAGAUGGAUACGGAGCGACUUCGAUCCACGGAGACAAGUCCCAAUCGGAGCGUGAUUAUGUGCUGCAGGACUUCCGUCACGGAAAGAGUACCAUUCUGGUGGCCACAGAUGUCGCUGCCAGAGGUUUAGACGUGGAAGAUGUGAAGUAUGUGAUCAACUUUGACUAUCCGAACUCAUCGGAAGAUUAUAUUCAUCGAAUUGGCCGCACGGGGCGGUGCUCUUCGUAUGGUACGGCGUAUACGUUCUUCACGCCCGGAAACGGACGUCAGGCUAGGGAAUUGCUAUCCGUUUUGGAAGAAGCUGGACAACAACCGAAUGUGGCGCUGAUUGAUUUGGCAAAACAGGCUCCUGGAGGUAAGGGUGGCAGAUGCCGUUACAACGUUCGAGGUGCACUGACUUCCAAUGGGUACAAUCGGGACCAGAAUGGUUUCGGAGGUGCAAGAAUGUUCCAAAAGAAACCCUUCGAGAAUCGUUACGGCGGACCGCCAAGUGGUGGUAUGGGGCCGAACCGAUUCAGCAAUCCUGGACCGAAUAAGUAUGGUGGACCCGGUGGAUAUCGUGGUGAAAAUAGUUGGAACAAAAAUGCCGGAGGCUACCAGACAGUGCCACAGCACCAGUCCCAGAAUGGAACUCCACAGCAGUCGCCACCGCAGCAGCAAAUGUACGAACAUCAGCAAACGCGGUUCUAUCCGAAAAAUACCAUGUACCAGAAUCCGAACCAGUACGAGGAAUUCUCCAAUCAAAUGGUUGGAGGAGCUCCACAAGCUUUCAAUGGCCACAAUGGAACACGCUUCUAUUCAAGCAAGCCCCAUCAGGGAGCCGGUGGUAUGCAGCAGACUCAGCUCGGUGGCCCAGGAGGACGGUAUAAUCCCAACAACCAGUACAACGGCGAUGUUGGUCCAAAACCAGCCGGAGGUCGUCCUCCGUAUCAGCCGAAGCAGCAGCAGUACAAUAACAGCUAUGCUACCGCCGGUACGGGAAAUCCAUAUCCCGCUCAGUUGGCAGCUGCUGCGGCUGCAGCCGCUGCUGCCGUUGGUGGCGGACAAACCAUUCCAACUGCUGGAUUUACCACCGGAUUCGAUCCCUUGGGAGGCGUACAGGGAGCGAUGGGCACAUUCACAUCGUCCUACCAAAUUCCAGCCGCCGCAGCUUACUACUCGUAUCCGGCGGCCACUGCUCCGCCACCACCACCACAGACCCAGGCCCCGCCAGUUGUUCCCCCCGUUCAGCAGUAAGUUUCCUGCUUCCACGAGAAAUAAAGGUAUACAGAUAUAUACAGCACUAUUGCAUGCGAAUUCAAAUUUAUCAACCGGAAAGAUUGUUAAUUUCCAUAUUAAUUUUAAUUUAUUAACCGCAACGGAAGAUGUUUGUUUUUUUUUUUGUGAAGAAGAAUCUUCCCAUUAUUAUUAACGGCGCAAAAAAAAUAUGUGUUUUCUUUUCACCUUUCGUAACAUUUAGAAAGAUUCCAAUUUUUCCCUCUAAUAAUAAUUACUACACGUAAAAGCGUUCUGUUGCAAAACAAUGAUAUAGUAGAAUAAUAUAAUUGUGAAUCUUAUUAUGAAGUAACAAUUUGGAAAUCGGAUAAACAAGAAAACAGAAUGAAUAGUGACGUUUUGUCUAUUUCAGAGUGUUGUUGGCGGUCAACGCAACCCAUUCACGUAUGUUUGUUAGAUCGUAAGCGUAAUUACCCACACAACAAAAAACACAGACACACUCGAAAAUCCGAGAGAAAGAGAAUAAGCAACACGUAAACAUUAAUCUUAAUCUUUCAAAAUACACACACGUAUAUUAUAAUAGCAUAUUGCAUGCAGGCAAGAAGGUAGAUUAUCUAUUUAUUGAACGAGGAAAUAUUCAUACCUAAGCAGACGAAGAAGGAAAGAAAAAAACUAUGCAUUUUCCAACAUAUUCAUUAGGUUCUUUUUUUGUUGAGUCGUUUUUUUUUUAAUUUUUUUUUUCUUAAUGGUCAAAAUUCAAUUCCAUGAUGUUAGGGAUUUCCUUUCAGUUCGACAGUGUUUUGCGCUACGUCUUUCGAGGUGUUGAUGGUUGACGCUGGUGGGAUCUGUUCUUCGAAAAUUAGGGAGCAAAGAAAUUUGCUUUAGGCUUCAUAAGUCGCAUGGCAUGGUGACCGAAGAAAUCGAUUACCAUCCAAUCCAAAGAAUUUUGGACUGGAUUGGAAAGUUCCAUGCUGGUUUUGGAGCUUAUCAAGAAUUUGUAUAAAUUCAUAUGGAUUGAAUAAGGAGAAUCUACAAAUGGCAAUUUGUGGAUUCUAUCAACCUUGUCCUUAAAAUUAUCGCUACAAUUCUGAUGUCAAUGUUAGGGAAAUUUGCUUUGACGUUCGACACUGACAGUGUGUCCAUCGGAAAGCAACUCGCCAGUUAAGUAAAAUCGUUUCAAAUCCCUCCGAUCUGCAACCAUCACCUUCAGAGUAGCGCAAAACUCUUGUUCUUAUCUAAACUGUGUCGAUUAGCUGUGAAAUCACAGGAAAAUUAUCCCCACAAACAUUCACAGCCAUCAUACUACAAUCACUUUCAUGAAUCGCGUAUUAAUCAUGCGAAACCAAGGGUGAAAUUCAAUACUAUUAGUGAUGUUCAGCUAUAGCAUAUGUUCACUAAUAUUAAACCUCUGGCGUCCGGUCGCUUAUGGAGCACCCCAGGCGUCUCAGAGACUCCAGAACUACCCCCUUCCCAUAUCCCAAGUAUGUAUGUGAAUCGUUUGGUACAAACAAAAACAAAUCGAGCUGUGAAGAAGAAUGCAAAACAAUGACUUGGAAAAAUGUCCAAACUAGAGCGAAUAUUCAUUUUUGAGUUCGUACACAGACUUUCGCGCGAGAAAGCGAGCGGAAACAGAAAUCAUUGCAUCAAAUUUUUCGGCACCAGAGAGCAAAACAAUAAAAAUGCAAUCGAUACGAAAACAGAGAAAACUGUUUCGGUAGGACUUUUUUAAUACCGUCACAAACGUUGUGAUUGGUGGUAGUUUACAAGUAUAAACAAAAUUACAAAGGAAACCAAUCUGCUGCGGAAAGUAAGAUGAAUCAAGUGUGAAACGAAGAAUCAAGAGUAAGCAACUAGCGAAUAGUUACUAAAGAAAAACGGAUAGGAGAAAUCGAUAAGAGCUAAUUGGAGACGGCGAGCGCCUGAGAUUUAAGUGAAAUAAAUGGAAAAAUACACACAUGUGAUAAACGUCGAUGUGUCACUUGUGAGAAUGAUAAUGAUAUACCAACAAAAUGAAGUAAACAAACAAACAAAACACACAAUGAAGGCAAGAGACUUGAAAACUUUUUUGUUUUAUUUUCUGGAAUUUGUGAUAUUUGUUUAAAAUUUCUUUCGUACCUAAUACAUCGCGCUAACGUUAAUUAGAAUGCUUAUCCCGAAAUAAAUUUACGCGGACAAAACAAAAUGGAACUCGAGAAAGUAAAUUUGCGCGUACCAUUAACAGAGACACAGAAUUAGGAGCUUGCGACAUUAAGUUCAAAGAACGGAACCGGUUUUGCCAAAAGCCAAAACACCGCCGUUAAAUCUGUGUAAUAAGCUACGUAGUAAUUUUUUAGAGGCCACAUUCCUUUAAAUGAAGCAUAUUACUGAGUCUCGGGGUUGUCGCCCCUCGGAUCCAGUAGUCAUAUUUGUUUUUUCUCAUUGAAAACUCAAUUCAGUACCUGUUCAAACGAAAAGUAAACAAGAAUCAAGCAAAACAUAGACGCGAAACAUAGUGGAAGAGAACAAAGCGAAUGAUGAAAAGACGAAUUUUAAUUUAAGCAUCAAUUUGAGAUGAAAAAUACAAACUAUUUAAAUUGUUUAAGUGAAAAAGCAAAUAACAGUAAUCAAAAGUCGUCAGUUGAAGACAGUAGUAGUUAAACAAAGCAUGGAUUUCCUUCUCACACAACUCUAGUCCGAAAAACUGUUGUUUUUAUUUUGUAUUGUUUUUUUUUAAAUCAAUAUUUAUCAUACAAAGGGGAAAUCCAACGUGUGAUAAGGCGGAUCGCGCCUCCACCGUCGUUGCAAGACACAAAAGGUGAUAUCGGUAUUUUUAUGGUUCUUUUUUUGUAUAGAGAAAGAAAAAUGAAGAGAUGAGAGGUUUUUCAAUUCUCGUGAAAGAUGCGAAAAGUUUCAAAAGUACUAGCGAAACCAAACAAAGAGUAAUUUAGGAAAGGAGAGAAACAACAAGACGCGACAACACAAACUAGGACGUAAGUGAAAAAAAGAACUGAGCGUUUGUCUUCCCAGAUAAAACAAAAGACGCUCAUUAACAGUAUUUUUCACACAUAAAACAAGCACAUUCACGCGCGCGCUGUUGUUAUUAAAUACAUGGCAACUACAUGACAUUUAAUGACAUGAAAGCAAAACGAUAGUUGACAGAGAGGAAACAUGAACGGAAAACCAUAACCAAAUUGCCUUUAAUGAACUGUGAUCGUAUCAAAUCUCGUCUCGUUCCUUUUUCUCAUCACUUUGUUGUAAGAGGACAAGAUCGUAAAACUCCCCCCUCCCCCCCUCACAAGGAGGGGAAAGAAACUCAUUUUGUACACCUUCAUUUGUUGUAUCACCUACAAAUCUACUAUAUUUUUUGUUAUUUACAAAAGCUAAUAAGUACUAGAACAAAUACAUUCGUGUGUGAUUCGGAGUUGUUCAUACUCUGGCUGACUGAUUAUUGUUGUUUAAGAACUACUAGUUAGAAAGUGAAUAAAAUACAUUCAAUUGACGCAAAACGAAAUGUAUGCCAAAAGUAUUCAUAUUGAUACACAAACAAAAAAAAAACCCUUUAUAAAUUAUGUUUAAAAAUCAAAACGAAAUGAAAAAUUAAAAUUCGUCAAAUUGUUCCUAACCGAAAGCCACGCGGUAUUUUUUUAGUUUUCUUAAAGCUAGAAUCGUUAAACAAACCUAUAAAUAGCAGAGGAAAUUUACUUCUCGAAACCGUAACAAACAUAACACAAAUGUUGCAAUAAAACAAAAAAGUUAACCAGCGAACUUUCUUUCAUAAAACAUGAACCUAAAAUGCGAUUCAAGCAAACGUGCACGCAUACGUAUUCGGUGUACGGUUUGUUAAUUUCUACCACAUACCGAAACAAUUUGUUACAAGCAAGAUUGGUGCUCUUGCACUUUCUAUUGGGUGAUAUUGUGAUAAACAUCGGAGUAUGUCGUGUAGUAGGAAGCAGAAGCAAAAGCCAAGCAAACGAACAAGUCAUUAUCAAUAUACGAAACAAAACAAAGAAAAACUCGCAUCUGUGAAAAUGACAACCGAACUAACCACAAUCCGGACAUAAAUA